UUUAGAACAUAAGCAGAGGGGAGAGGAGAGCUCAGAUAUCUAGAGAGAGAGAGAGAGAGAGAGAGAGAGAGGCUGGAGCUCCGUCGCUUAAACCUCGUACCUCGAAUCGCACUGUCCGGACCGCAUUCCGUACGCAUCUCUCCUCCCUCCUCUUCCCUUCCCUUCCCUUCCCUUCUUCCGAUUGUCUGUGGCUUCUCGGCCGUCCGGAGCUCGCCGCGAGUGGAGGUCUGGGGUCUCGCGCUGUUCAAUCUGCUUGGGAGAGAGUCCGGGGCGCGAUGACGGGUACCUAUCUAGGGAAGGGCGCUCCUUCGAACGGGACUGUCUAUGUGUGUAAUUUGCCGGAGGGAACCGAUGAGAACAUGCUGGCUGAACACUUUGGAACUAUUGGGUUGCUUAAGAAAGACAAGUGUACGGGUCGUCCAAAGAUUUGGCUCUAGGACAAAGAGACGAAUGAACCUAAGGGAGAUGCUACUGUUACAUAUGAGGAUCCUCAUGCCGCAUCCGCUGCUGUUGAGUGGUUCAACAACAAGGACUUCCAUGGAAGUAUCAUCGAAGUUCAAAUGGCAGAUACUAAAAGCAAAGAUGGCAAUGAUGCUGGUAAUUUUGUUGACACGGAGGACAUCGCCAAGGAUGCAAAUGAUGAUGUGGGAGCGGGUAGAGGUCGGGGAGAUGUUCCUGGGAAGGCAUGGAAACAAGAGGGAGAUUGGUUGUGCCCGAAUACAAGCUGUUCCAAUGUAAAUUUUGCAUUUCGUGGUGUCUGCAACCGAUGUGGAAGUGCACGGCCUGCUGGUGCCUCAGGUGGUGCUUCACGGGGUGCAGGUCGUGGAAAAGGGCGCGGUGGCAAUGAUUCCCCGGGCACUGGUCGUCCAGUUGGUGCUCCCACUGGACUUUUUGGUCCAAAUGAUUGGUCCUGUCCAAUGUGUGGCAAUAUAAACUGGGCAAAGCGUACAAAAUGCAACAUUUGUAACACCAAUAAACCUGGUCAUAAUGAGGGCGGUGUAAGAGGUGGACGUGGGGGAGGUUACAAGGAACUUGAUGAAGAGGAACUCGAGGAAACAAAGCGAAGGCGGAAGGAGGCUGAAGAGGAUGAUGGUGAGAUGUAUGAUGAGUUUGGCAAUCUCAAGAAGAAGUUUCGUGCUAAAACACAACAAGCUGAAGCUGCACGAGGGAUUCCCGGUGCUGGGCGUGCGGGAUGGGAGGUCGAAGAGCUAGGUGUGGCUGAUAGAGAUAGACGAGAAAGGAGCAGAGAUAGAGGAAGGGAAUGGGAUGAUCGGGACAGUGGCAAGAACAGAGAACGUGAUCAUCAUAGGGACAGACCGCGUAGCCGUAGCAGAGACAGGGAUCGAGGAAGAGAUAGAGACUAUGAUCCCUACGAUAGAGAGAGAGAAUAUGGGCGGGACAGGGAUCGCGACAGGGAUCGAGGCAGAUACCGCUACUGAGUGCAGAAGUGACAGUUUCCCGGCAUUUUUUUAUGCUAGAGCAUUAGUUGCUUGACUGAGUCUCAUUUCAAACUCCAGAACCUAAAUUUAGCUGGAUCGCCGUUUUUGCCUUUCCUCUUUAAUUUAAUUUCCAAAGGGUCAUUUUAUAGGAAGAUGCGACUUUUAACUCCACCACUAGGGAGGAAUUCUGUUCGCAAACUAUUCUACAAUUCGUUCUUCUCCAAUUCAGGUAUUCACUUGUUCGGUUAUGUCAUGAAACUUAGGUCGCUUGGUUUUGGACGGCAAA